AUGCUGCACUUCCUGCUGCCCCGGCUGUUUUGCCUGCAUGGUCCAGCUGCCCCGUACUCUUCAGCAGCUGCCCUCCCCAGCCCCAUCCUGAACCCAGGCAUCCGCUACAACCAGCUGUUCAUCAACGAGUGGCAAGAUGCAGUCAGCAAGAAGACCUUCCCAACAGUCAACCCUACCACGGGGGAGGUCAUCGGCCACGUGGCUGAAGGGGACCGGGCUGACCUGGAUCGGGCAGUGAAAGCAGCCUGUGAGGCCUUCCAACUGGGGUCUCCACGGCGCCGGAUGGAUGCCUCGGAGCAGGGAGGGCUGCUGAACCACCUGGCCGACCUAGUGGAAUGGGAUUGUGUCUACUUGGCCUCACUGGAGACCCUGGACAAUGGGAAGCCUUUCCAGGAGUCUUACGUCUUGGACCUGGAUGGUGUCGUCAAGGUGUACCAGUACUUUGCUGGCUGGGCUGACAAAUGACAUGGCAAGACCAUCCCCAUGGAUGGUGAGCAUUUCUGCUUCACCCGGCACGAGCCUGUUGGCGUCUGUGGCCAGAUAAUCCUGUGGAACUUCCCCUUGGUCAUGCAGGGUUAGAAGCUUGCCCCAGCACUUGCUACGGGCAACGCUGUGGUCAUGAAGGUGGCAGAGCAGACCCCCCUUUCUGCCCUGUACUUGGCCUCCCUCAACAAAGAGGCGGGCUUUCCCCCUGGGGUGGUGAACAUCAUCACAGGCUAUGGCCCAACAGCAGGAGCCGCCAUUGCCCAUCACACAGAUAUUGACAAAGUUGCUUUCACGGGCUCCACCGAGGUGGGCCACCUGAUUCAGAAGGCAGCUGGCGAUUCCAACCUCAAGAGAGUCACCCUAGAGCUGGGGGGGAAGAGCCCGAGCAUCAUGCUGGCUGAUGCAGAUGUGGACCAUGCCGUGGAGCAGUGCCAUGAAGCCCUUUUAUUCAACAUGAGCCAGUGCUGCUGUGCCAGUUCCCGGACUUUCAUUGAAGAAUCCAUCUAUGAUGAGUUUCUCGAGCAGACCGUGGAAAAAACUAAGCAGAGGAAAGUUGGGAACCCCUUAGAGCUGGACACCCAGCAGGGGCCCCAGGUGGACAAGGAACAAUUUGAACAAAUCCUGGGCUACAUCCAGCUUGGCCAGAAGGAGAGGGCAAAGCUUCUCUGCGGUGGGGAGCGUUUCGGAGAGCGAGGCUUCUUCAUCAAGCCCACAGUCCUUGGUGGUGUGCAGGAUGACAUGAGGAUUGCCAAGGAGGAGAUCUUCGGGCCUGUGCAGCCUCUGUUUAAGUUCAAGAAGAUCAAGGAGGUGAUCGAGAGGGCCAACAACAUCAGGUACGGCUUGGCUGCCGCUGUGUUCACCCAGGACCUGGAUAAAGCCAUGUACUUCACACAGGCGCUCCAAGCUGGGACAGUGUGGGCAAAUACCUACAACAAUGUCACCUGCCACAUGCCUUUCGGAGGCUUUAAGGAAUCUAGCAACGGGAGGGAGCUGGGGGAGGAUGGGCUUAAGGCCUACACAGAGGUGACAACAGUCACCAUCAAGGUUCCUCAGAAGAACUCUUAA